ACUUCUCUCUCUUACAUCACUCUCUCUCUUUGUCAGUGCCCAUAUUUAUCCUCUGCACCUUCGUAUUCCCAUUCUUUAUUCGUAUUCCUCGAGUGCAGCGAAGCUUCCCCUCUUUAUAUCUCCAUUCGACAGCUUUCCCCCACUUUGCGACGCAGCAUAAGGUUCUCGGUCCGGGUGGAAGUUUCGGUUUUUAUUCCUCUGUUUUUGUUCGGUCGGAGUGUUUCCGGAGGAAGCCAUGGAUCACGCGAGCGAGGCUCACCGGACCGAUUUGAUGACCAUAACUCGGUUCGUGCUCAACGAGCAGUCGAAGCACCCCGAGUCCCGCGGCGACUUCACCAUCCUCCUCAACCACAUUGUCCUCGGCUGCAAGUUCGUCUGCUCGGCCGUCAACAAGGCAGGACUUGCAAAACUCAUUGGACUCGCUGGAGAGACCAAUGUACAGGGCGAGGAGCAAAAGAAGCUCGAUGUGCUGUCGAAUGAGGUCUUCAUCAAGGCAUUGGUCAGCAGCGGCCGAACAUGCAUCCUUGUGUCGGAAGAGGAUGAGGAGGCAACUUUCGUGGAGCCCUCUUUGCGCGGGAAGUACUGUGUUGUUUUUGAUCCGCUGGAUGGAUCCUCGAACAUCGACUGCGGUGUCUCAAUUGGAACUAUCUUUGGGAUUUAUAUGAUGAAAGACAGUCAUGAACCAACACUGGAGGAUGUUCUGCAACCCGGCAAGAACAUGCUAGCAGCUGGAUAUUGCAUGUAUGGGAGCUCCUGCACGCUUGUUUUGAGCACAGGAUCUGGAGUCAAUGGUUUCACCCUUGACCCAUCGUUGGGGGAAUUCAUCCUUACACAUGCUGAUAUCAAGAUCCCGAAGAAAGGAAAGAUUUACUCUGUAAAUGAAGGAAAUGCCAAAAACUGGGAUGGUCCAACAGCCAAGUAUGUUGAAAAAUGCAAGUUUCCUAAAGAUGGGUCACCAUCCAAGUCUCUAAGAUACAUCGGAAGUAUGGUCGCCGAUGUUCAUCGCACAUUGCUCUACGGAGGCAUCUUCUUGUACCCUGCUGAUAAGAAGAGCCCCAAUGGAAAACUCCGUGUUCUCUAUGAAGUCUUCCCGAUGUCGUUCUUGAUGGAACAAGCAGGAGGUCAGGCCUUCACAGGGAAGCAACGGGCGCUGGACUUGGUCCCGAAGAAUAUCCAUGAGAGAUCCCCGAUAUUCCUGGGCAGCUACGAUGACGUUGAGGAAAUCAAAGCACUGUAUGCAGCCGAAGAGAAGACCGCCUAAAAACCAUAUAGUUCCCUUCUCUUUUUACAUGAGAAGUAACCCCAUUCUGCAGGUAGCAGUGAGCUCCCAUCCUAAUUGUGGAUUCACAAAGUCAGGUCUCUGUUGUAAUCAUAUGCUACAUUACAGUUCCAUCUUUCAAUCAAAUGACUGCAAUCGGUGUUCAUACACUGUCCUCUUUGAUAUGUCAAAGGUGAAUGCAUUUAUAUGUGUUGCAGAAUCUUUAGGUAUUCGAUUCUCUAGAGCUGUAACUGCUGUUCAUAUCAAACUCACUAAUGGACGUAAAAGUCCAGAUGAAUUGCCUGCCUUUGCUUGGA